AUGCGCCACCGCCACAAGCGAUCAAAUCACCCACCGCCGCCUCGUGCCCCGGAAGGCAUGCGGCACAGAUGCUCCACUGCAUCCGGCCACUGUAUCGAUCGCGCUAUAUUCCUUAUAAUACUUUCUAGAAGGCGAGUGAGGAAGGAUCUCUACCUACGCCAUAGGAUUCUUCGGAGGAAAUUAAACAAUGCUGCUAUUCAUAUCCGUCUUGGCAGGCAUCGGCCGGGAUCUCAAGCGAGUGCGGGCGGGCCGGGGUACAGGGAACGUACGGCUUUGAGUGGAGACACCGGGGAAAGGUUUGUUCGCCGUGACAUGACUUGUGCAAUUGGGCAAUUUCGCGGCGAUAACAACUAUCAUGAACAGUAG